ACCUAGUGCCGCCUGAUCCCUUAAGCUGUCACUGUGCAGCUCAGAGAGCAAGAUCAGGUCGUCGAAGUCGACAAAACCACAUUGAUUUAAGUGCUACCUUUUCAGUUUCUGGGAGCUCACAGAGCUAUAGGCACAAUGAUACUAAAGUUCAAUAUCUGGCUGCCUCUUCUAUCUAUCCUGUUUUCAACUUGCAGUGCUUACGUUGCUACCCAGGAAAACUGCUGCAUCUUGGAUCAACGAUUUGGUAACUUUUGCCCUACCACAUGUGGGAUUGCAGAUUUCUUGAAUAAUUAUCAGCCUGCCAUUGAUCGAGAACUCCAGAUACUUGAAAACAAGUUGCAGCAGAUCUCCAACUCUUCAGAUACAACAGAACAAUUAAUCCGAGAGAUCCGACGAAUCUAUGUCCCAGGCCCAUCAACUCAACCAAAUGUGAUGCCUGGCUAUACUCAAAAAUCCAGAGGACUCAUAGAAGAAAUCAUCAGAUAUGAAAACAAUAUUAUAUCCUAUGAAAAUACAUUGCAGGAGUUGACAGAAAUUAUACUGCAAAACAAUAACAAGAUCCAGAUACUGAAGCAAAAGACAAUGCAGCUUGAGACUCAAUGCCAGAAUCCAUGUAAAGACACUGUUGAGAUACAGGACUUAACUGGAAAGGAUUGCCAAGACAUUGCUAAUAAAGGUGCCAGGCAGAGUGGACUCUACUUCAUCAAACCUAUGAAAGCCAAGGAGCAGUUCCUAGUCUAUUGUGAAAUUGAUACUUUGGGCAAUGGCUGGACAGUAUUCCAAAGGAGACUUGAUGGGAGUGAAGAUUUUAACAAAAACUGGAUCCAAUACAAGGAAGGGUUUGGACACCUAUCGCCAAAUGAUCAGACAGAAUUCUGGUUGGGAAAUGAAAAGAUUCACUUAAUAACCACCCAAACCACCAUUCCAUAUGCAUUGCGGAUAGAACUGGAAGACUGGAGUGGCCAAACAAGCUAUGCAGAUUAUGCCCACUUCAAAGUGGGAAGUGAAGAGGAUAAGUACCGCCUGAGCUAUGCUUUCUUUACUGGGGGUGAUGCUGGGAAUGCUUUUGAUGGUUUUGACUUUGGAGAUGAUCCCAGUGACAAGUUCUUUACCUCCCACAAUGGCAUGCAGUUCAGCACACAUGACAAUGACAAUGAUCGGUUUGAUGAAAAUUGUGCUGAACAGGAUGGAUCUGGAUGGUGGAUGAACAGAUGUCAUGCUGCUCACCUCAAUGGGAAAUAUUACAAAGGUGGUUCUUACAGUGCAAAGGAUGCUGGAAAUGACAAUGGCAUUAUUUGGGCAACCUGGCGCUCGCGGUGGUAUUCCAUGAAAAAAACAACCAUGAAAGUCAUUCCCUUUAGCAGACUUUCAAUAAUCACAGGACAGCAAAGUGGAGGAGUAAAAGACCUUGGACACCGUGGAGAUAUUUAGAAAGGUUGGAGAAUUUUAAAAGGAUUUUUUUGGGACAAGGAUUCAACUAGAAAAGCCACAAAACUAAAAUGGCGCAACUCUGAAUUCACACCAACUUCUGUAGGAUAGCAUCUGCUGUUUGAUCAUUUCAGCUCAUAGCUCACAUUUUGGAAUGUAUUCCAUAUGCACAAUUGCACAAUUUUGCACUGGGUUGUAGAAAAGUGAAUGGAUCACCAGUGCAGUUUACCUGUUGAAAGCCUGAAUCUUGACAUUCUCUGGAUUGUGUCUGUAUGUAACAAUGAUAUGGCAAUUUCUACUUGUGGGUAUACUGCAUAGGCAAAAAAUUGUUCUCAGUUAGAGCCACUGUUUCUAGUUACUUUGCAAUAUGUCUCCUCAACACAAAUUUAAAUAAAUAUGGACAAAUAAAAUGUGUCAUGAAUUGCUUCUGAGGUGCCACCUGCUCUGAAAGAUUGAGAAGAACUUUGUAAAGGUUUACAACUGCCUAGAAAUGACUGGUUUAUACACAUGUAUAUGUAUUCCUAUUUUAUAUGUCAACAUCUAAUGUCGUUCAGUUAAAGUUUCACCAAAAAACACCCUGCCAUUACAUUACCUGUAAUUGCCAUUUGUGGCAUCCCAUUUUUAACUUUGGAGCUAGACAACUGCAGCUUAAAAACCAGCACUGGUUUUCAAUGAAUGUACCAAGUGACCAGAUAUGCUAAUUUAAUAAACUCUCCUUACUCACUUCCUUCUUGCUAUGAAACUGUUUAUGGAGAAAAUGACACCCCAUCCAUUCAUAUUGGGAGCUAAGACACUGUUCCAUUCAUCCAUUGUCAUUUAUAUUUUCUCUGUCUUUAAAUGAAAGCGGGGCAUUAUGUGAACCAUUUUUUAAGAGAAUAAAAUAUAGUUGUAUCAAA